CCUUCUCUCUCUCACUCUCUCUUAUUUCCUUUUCGCUCACUCGUUCGUUCCCUCCGAUUCUAUGAGAUUCCCAAUUCGAAAUCUCUCCCAAAUUUUCUAUUAAUUUCUAGGGUUUAUUUUAUUUUAAUUUUCUCUUAACCUAAUCUGGACUAGAUGGAUUUGGUCCAAGAUGGCGAGCUUGACCUUGAUUAUUAUGCGCGGAUCAUGGAGGACGCCCAAUCCAUCGAUUUCUACUUGAACGAUUCCCCAAGUCCUGGUGCAGAAUUUGAUUCUUCUAUUGCCAACAUUAGUACCCAAGCAAAUGGUACCCGGAAAAGAGAUCGUGAUGAGCAGACUGUUAAGCAGGGAUCCAAAGCCUGCCGCGAGAAAAUGCGGAGGGACAAGAUCAAUGAACGAUUUUCAGAACUGAGCAAAAUUCUGGACCCUGGAAGGCCUGUCAAAACUGACAAAUCGGCAAUCCUGGAUGAUGCACUUCGUAUUUUAAAUCAGCUGAAAGCUGAAGCUAAGGAUCUUAAAGAGGCCAAUAGAAAGCUUGAAGAAGAAAUUAAAAGUUUAAAGGAGGAAAAACAUGAACUUCGGGAAGAGAAAUCCCUAAUGAAAUCCGAGAAAGAAAAGAUGGAAGAACAUGUGAAAGCCAUGUCGAUGGUACCAGCUGGGUAUGUACCCCCACUUCCAGCAGCUUAUCACCCUGGAGCAAACAAGAUGGUUGCUUUCCCUAGCUAUGGACCAUUUCCUAUGUGGCAGUGGAUGCCUCCUGCUGCUCGUGAUAUCUCGAAAGAUCAUGAAUUGAGGCCGCCAAUGGCUUAAUUACAUGACAAGGAUGGUGGAUCAUUUCAGAUAAAUUGCUGGCCACCUUCUAUUGAUGAGUGGGCGUUUUGCACAGGAGGAAGGCUUGUAGUGUGAUCUAAAACGUACUCAUGUCUUGCACAUAUUCAUGUUUGCUACCUUGGUGUUCUGGAAUUGAGCCCCUUUGAACUGUAAUAUAUUGACUUGUUUGUAGGGGUCUGCUUAUACAUUUUAAUAUUCAUCCAUCACAGUAAACCCCACUGGACAACUGGGAUUUGGAUCCUAUCCACUACAAAAAAAGUAGUGGAGAGAUUACUGUUUUUGUA